GAGAAAAAAAAAACAAAAAAACAGGAAGAGAAUGGCUGCGACAGGAGACGACGCUGCUGCUAUGGACAGUAUUUGCAGAGCUCCAGCGGCGCAAGCAGCGACUGUGAAUCCGUCUGGAGCUUCGAGCGUUCAGAGCGAAGGUCCGGAAGAUGCUGAAGAAAGCCUGCCGGCAGCACCCAAAAAGCCCGUCACCAACAGUGAUGGUGGUGUGGAGACUGCAGAGGAAGCUGUGGAGCCUGCAGAGCCUGAUAUAAAUGAGUUGUGCAAUGAUAUGUUUCAAAAAAUGGCUGUCUUCCUGCAAGGAGAACUUACAGCCACUUGUGAGGAUUACAGACUGUUGGAGAACAUGAACAAGCUGACUAGUCUGAAGUACAUGGAAAUGAAGGACAUCAGCAUCAACAUCAGUCGUAACCUGCAGGAUCUCAAUAACAAGUAUGCCAGCCUACAGCCGUAUUUGGACCAAAUCAAUCAGAUUGAGGAGCAAGUGUCUGCACUUGAACAAGCUGCUUACAAAUUAGAUGCAUACUCUAAGAAACUGGAGGCCAGAUUCAAAAAGCUGGAGAAACGAUGAGUUGGAGGAAGACAAAGGCUGCGAGUUAUUGCGGCUUCUUGCCCUUUUUGGAUCUGCCUCACCUUCUUGUCUCCCUCCUCAAAGAGGCGGCAGAUGUGGGGAGGAUGUAAAGUGAGAUGAAACAACAAACAGCUGGUCCUGUUCUGACACCUAGAAAAAAUUCUGGAGGAGGAGACUGUUGAAGCCAAAUGAAUUAUUGCAGCAAUGCAGGAUUUAAGAACACUGUUAACUAUUUCUGGCAGCAGUUUCACAGUCAUGGUGGACCUGGCUAAAACUCAUCUGUCAACAGAUAGUUUUGUGGAAUAACUGUUGAUCGGCCUAAA